UUUCAGGUAAUGAAGCAUUUUCUUCUACUUGCCAUCAUCGGCAUAUUGUUCCUGGGUUCUACAUAUGGAGCAAGUGUGGCUACAGAGAAAUUAAAAGCUUCCAACUGCACAAAGACUGAGGGGUUUCAGGCCAUCGCUUGUGUUCUGCGCAUGGCCGAUUUCGCGCAGAAAAUUGAAAAACUUGACAUGGACGAUAAAAAUCAAGUGAAUGAAUUUGAAAAAUCUUGCGUCAGUUUCGCUAAUUGUUUUGAAACCCUCCAGUGUGGUCCAGAAGACCCGGCCGAGAAGAAAAUAAACAAUAUGAUUAAAAACUACUGUGAUGCUGUUGUUUAUGUUGCCAAAGACUUUGCGGAUUGCUCCGAAAAACUUGAGAACAAGAAUUCCACGUGCUACCAAAAUUGGGACCCGUUCCCUGAUGCAAUCGACGAGGAAACUGACGAGAAAAAGAAGGAAAAAAUGCUCCAAGAGGCUUGCAAGAAUUAUUUUGGAAAGGACAACUGUUUGAAAAAAGAGAUUACAGAAAAAUGCAGUGAAACCGAAUGGAAAGGAUUCCGUGAUCAUUUUAUCGGAAUCAGCAACAUUCUGCUUGAAUGCGACUUCAGAAACAUUCAAUGAAAUGUUUCCAAGUUUUGACUGCAAUUUUGAAUGUAUGAAUUUAAUUUCACCAAUGAACUUUGAACAUCUGAAAGUUAGAAUGGUUUCUUACAUAAUUUGAUUUGUGGUCAAAAAAUUCAUUAGAAUAAAUAAUCGUAUAU